AAAGAACGGUUUCAUAACAAGCACAUCCCUUUAAAUCUUACUGUAUAAUUCACAAAUUAUAAUUCACAAAUUAACCAAACAGCUCCUCAAGCCAAUUAAGAUAUGGAGGUGAGCAGCCAGGCAAUGAGGAUCUUCUACACAUCUUUGGGGAAACUUUAUACGUCCCGCAGCCAGAAAGGAGGACUGCGCCUGCACCGGGGCCUCAUGCUCAUCCGCAUGAUCAAAUCCUCAAGUGACAUCUACAACUUGGCCACGGCCAGUGUGCUGAGAGCGCAACAGGACGCCGAGAAGCCCGCGGAAAUGUGCACGGCGGCAGAGAUGGAAGAGGAGGAGGACACGGAGACGAUGGAAGAGAGUCUGACUGGCCAGGGAUAACUUUUACUUUGAUGAAAGUCAACUUUUUAUCACUGUUCAUAACAUCAUAUUGCAUAUGCAACAACCUGCAUCAGAUGCAUUCGUAUACAUACAUACUGUAUAAAUGAGGUGACUGUAUGCAUUUGCAGAGAACAUCCACUGUGGCGUUAAAAGCUACAGUCAUAUGAACACUUAUUUGUUUGAAGUGUUACAGACUAAUAAACAUGGAUACACAGGAUGUUUCAUUUGUUAAU